CAGAAGCAUAACAACCACAUGUGUGUAAAGCGCUGACUGUGUGCAACGGCGAAAACAGCACGGGGGAAAACAACCUGCUCGUUUUGGUUCCGCCACCUGAGGAUCAGUUUCAAAAUAAAUAAACAGAACAGAGGAGCUGCAGAGUCGCCGAGUCAUGACGUUACAGCAGUUUCCGGACAGCAGCGCAGGGUCGCACACUGUACGAGAUAAUUUUAUUGAUAAACAACGAUGGCAGAGAGCGUGAGACAUGUUACGAUUCAACAAGGAAAACAAGCACUUCAGUUGCAGAAAUGCAAAGAAUGUUGCAACAGUUUCCACUGCCCCUUCUGUGCAAGGAACAUCUUUAAACCAACAAGACUUUUGAAAUUAAAAAUGCAUCUCAAAAGUCACUGUAAAAAAGCGAUCGUCCAUGAAGACUUCACUGUUCACAGAUGUGGAUUGGGCUGUAGACCGUCUCUUCAUUAUCACUGCAUGUACUGCGCGAGCACAGUCCUAAGGAGAGAUGAUUUUAAAAACCAUUUGCAAGUCUGUAAACACAAACAGCAAGUGACCGCAGAAAAACGGUCAGCCGCAACGUCACACGUAACCAAAGAAACAUCAUCAACCUCCACAGAAGCUGUGACCGCUCCAGCCGUCCAACAAUCACCCGCCUCCAGCACCAGUUUAAUAGCUUCAUUAUCAUUAACCUCCACAGAAACGGUGACCGCUCCAGCUGUCCAACAGUCUCCCUCCAGCAACGGUUUAAUAGCUUCCAUGGCGAACUUGAAAACAAUAAGCCCAUUGACCCAGGCCGAGACCCCACCAGCCACCGCAGUUUACUCGAGCAAGGUUCCCGUGCGAGCCGUUGUCAAAAAAAGGUGCCCGAUUUGCAGUGCCCUCAUGAAUAAAUGCAACAUCCAGAAGCAUAUAGACCGCAAACACACCGAAGGGUCUAUGAACGACAUUAAUGCCACGUCCCAUCUCACCAGCCAGUGCGUUGAUAAAACAAACGGCAUGUUCACAGUCCGCAAAACCGCAAAGGGACGUAGCGUGCCGCUUCACGUCCAGUUCAAAGCAUGGGGAGAAACUCACAGAGUCCUGUGCGAUUCCAGUGAGUGUCAGUCAAACAUGGAGCUCGCUCAGAGAAGCGGCCUGCCGUCUUAUCAGUGCAAGCACAUCCGAUCUGUGACCUACUGCAAGUCUUCGGCUGAAGAGGUGUCGCUGACCGACAAAGUUUUAACGGAGAUGGUGAGAAUGAGAUGGAUAAAUGAGGAAACGGAAAAGACGUGUCUGGCUCAGCGGCAGCUUGCAGAAAGCCACCGCGCACCCCUUUCCGUCCACACCACGAUUGCCGUGCUGCCGAUGAAGAAAUGCAUUUCGGUUUUCGAGCCCAACCACAGUCAGUUGUGUCGUGUCAUGGUGGUAUACAACACGAAAUUGAACAAAUGGUUUUGCCCCUGCGCAAAAGUGCGCCGUUCAUGUAUACACAAACACGUUGCCCAGUGGCAUCUGUUCCAGACGCAUCGUGAGCUGUUCCAGCCGACCCCGAGGGCUGACGAAUCGCUUGCAGGAGACCAGUUUGACUGCUAUUUCGAGGGGAAGGAUGACACGGAUGAUGAGACCGCGUAUCCGCCAACUGGUCUGCGAUUGGAAAACUUAGUAGAUUACGUGUUCCAGAACAAGAAGAUACCUGCUGACCUACCGGAGAAUAUUCGCCUGCUGUCGACGGAGACGAACUACCCAAGAAGCCUCUGUCCAAAUGAAAGCGUAUGUCAGAGAUGUCCAGAAGCUGUUCCUCUUGGUGAGCCUACCCUGAUAACACAAACGGCAAAAAUACUCACCAACUGGCACGUCAUUGAAGACGUCGCCGUCUACUAUAAGCAGUGCCCACAGUGUGAAAUGUGUUACCGGUACCAAGAAUGGAAAGACGGCCUUCAUAACUACAACGAUGACAUCAUCCUGGACAUACCUUUGUGUUUAACCCUCAGAAACCUCUUGGAGGUCCACACUUCAGUGAGCAGAGCGGUGGAGUUUUUGCAGCUCAUGGCGGGUGUGGAGUUUCCACCGCCGGAUACUGUUCUGCGUGCAUACUUGCACUUUGAAGCUCUUACGGAGCACGAGUACAGCUUCUCAUGCGUCUCCUGUGGAGAUCAUCCGCCGGUGGUCAUUAUGGGUUUACACAGACAAGCUUUGCAGUCCUCAGUGAAGCACGUUGAAGAACCGCCAGAGAAUUUCAAAGGAGAGAUCGAUGUGGAAAGAUUUUGGGAGGCCGUGUCUAAAGAGAUGAUCGCUCGAGGUUUUGUUGAGAGUGAUGUUCAUAACCCAUUUGUAGUUCCUCCAUCUUUGCACUUCUGGGCUCCUUGGAUUGGCAGAAACACACGGCUCUCCGACACGGUGCUCAACACGGAGUUUGAGAAAGUUCACUCCACGAAUUCGGUUUCAGAGAACGUGAUCUCAGAAGACAGACUCACGGAGGAACUAUUCAAGCAGAAGGUUGAUGUGAUAAGGAGCUUGUGCGCAGACUGCGGUUUGGACUCCACUGGAUCUCACAGUGACCUCCUGCUUAGAUUGACAAAUGAAAUGAAAUCCAGGCCAACGUAUAAAAAAGUGUUUGAGAAGAUCUGGACUCCCGCUGGCGGCUGGGGUGUGAUCAUGUGUCCCUGUGGGGUUGUGUACAGUCUGAGAAACAACCUCCGAGCUGAAAGCCCUCAAGACUUCGCCGAUUUGUUAUUGUCAUGGAAACACAUGCCCAAUGUCAUCAUUUACGAGCUGGCGGAUGAUCUGGCGAAGCACACUAAUCUAAGAGCACCGGAACAGGUACCGAUCUCUCCGUAUGAAGGAUGCUUAGCGGAACCCACUCCAGUUAAUAUAGAUCUGGCCAGAAGAGGAAAGCUGCACGUGUCGUUACCUUGGCUCCAGAGUAGGAAGACGGUGGCAGAUCUUCAUGGACAUCCAGUCACAGGAUCUUCCAAGCAUUACGUGCUGUAUGACCAGAUUCCUGAAGGAAAUCCCAAAGACAGUGGAGGUGUUUUGAGGAACCUUGCAUCUGUACCUCAACUGGCUGGAAAAGUGAACCGCCGGAUUUUAGAGCAGCUGUUCGCUGAGAUCAAGCAAAACGGCUACUUUUUGAAGAUGUGGUCAGCGUCAACACAGAUGUUUCAAAUGAGGAACAUCAUUCAUCAUUAUAAUCAACACAAGAAUAACAAAGCCAUCAACAGGAUGGGCGAUCUGUGUUUAGUCAAUCUAAGUUAUGUUUAGAGAAAGUGAUUUACCGGAUAUUCAGAUCAAACGCUGACCAACUACGCGUUUAUAACUUUAUAAUGCUUAUUUUGCUUUAUUACCAGUUAAAUUUGUUCACUGGAUAUAAAGGUGGUGUUUGAGUUGUUGUU